AUGACCACACCACAAAUUGCCGGCCCAAAUUCACAUUCUUUUGUUCUUUUCAACCCCCUAACCUUCAAAUAAUGCUUCCAUUUCCCAUUCUCCUCUCAGCAUCAUAACACUCAGCUUCUCGAGUCUCACCCUUUCAGGAAACUGCUCCACCUUCAGUGAUGAUUGAAACAGCCUCUCCACCUCCUCAGAAGACACGAAAAUCGGCAGAAAAUGCCGAAAACGACCGCGACACGCCGAGUUUCGACUCCACAACCUCGACGACAACCACAAGCACUGCCACUCCCGUUGGUAUUGAAGCAAAGAUCAGUACAAGCUCAGCAUCCGAAGCCUUCAACUGGGUAGCAUCAGGGCACACCUCAUCCUUCAAUAAGCCUCAUGCAACGGCAAACGGGGAUCCCGGGUGGAUUGCCAUACGUAGCAUUCACUCAGAUGUAAACAUGAUCACCCUCCAAGACUUGUCUUUCAUCAAGAAACUUGGGAGUGGGGACAUUGGCACUGUCUAUCUUGUGGAGCUCAAGGGUGCCAGAGGUUGCAUGUUUGCAGCUAAGGUGAUGGAUAAAGAAGAGUUGGCACAGCGGAGUAAAGAGGGUAGGGCAAGGAUUGAAAGGGAAAUAUUGGAAAUGUUGGACCAUCCGUUUCUGCCUACUCUCUAUACCACGUUGGAUUCUGCUAGGUGGUCUUGUUUGUUGACCGAGUUUUGUCCCGGCGGUGACCUGCAUAUUCUGCGACAACGGCAGCCAGGGAGACGUUUUGAUGAGGCUGCCGUCCGGUUCUACGCAUCAGAGGUGGUGGCUGCUUUAGAGUAUCUACACAUGAAAGGGAUAAUCUACCGUGAUCUGAAGCCCGAAAACAUUCUCGUAAGAACAGAUGGUCACGUAAUGUUGACAGAUUUUGAUCUCUCCCUAAAAUGUGACAAUUCGAAACCAACGGCUCAACUUGUUCCUGAAAGCUCCCCAUUAACACUGAACAUCGGUGAAUCGAAGAUUUGUACAGUCGAGGCAAACCUAUCCUCCAAGUCAUAUUGCAUUCUACCCAGAUGUAUGGUGCCAGCCGUUUCAUGUUUCCAGAAUAAGCGAAGGAGAAAGAGGCGGCAAGGUCAUCAGAGGAGGGCCCUCGAGAUAGUGGCAGAGCCAAUCGAGGCUCGAUCGAUGUCUUUUGUGGGCACCCAUGAAUACUUAGCCCCGGAAGUUGUAUCAGGGGAAGGGCAUGGCAGUGCAGUGGAUUGGUGGACACUGGGGAUAUUCAUCUUUGAGUUAAUUUAUGGGUUGACACCAUUUAAGGGGCUUGAUAAUGAGUUUACCCUGUCCAACAUUGUGGCUCGAUCCCUUGAAUUCCCCAAGGAGCCUGUUGUGUCUAGCUCAGCCAAGGAUUUGAUGGCUAAGCUCUUGAUCAAGAACCCCACAAAGAGAAUGGGAUCCACAAUGGGGGCUACAGCGAUCAAGAACCAUCCAUUCUUUGACGGGGUGAAUUGGGCUCUGUUGAGACGUACAGAACCGCCUCACGUUCCCCAGCCUCCCAAUAACAAGGAUUUGGUCUCCAGUUCUGAUCAUUAUGAUGCUUCUGUAGAAUAUUACUGAAUUGUCUAUGUUUUACUACUUCAAGGAUGAAAGUUUUUCAAUUAUUGCAUAGGUUUAUGUGUACUGAUAUGCAUACAUGUAUACAAACAUUGAUUACCAAC